CUUUUCUUUUACUGCAACUCUCAUACAAAUGUUUUUUUUUUUUUUUUCAAUUUUCAUUCUGAUAUCGUGAUAGUUUAUGUGCUUUCAUUUAUUCAACCUAAUCCGUUCUGUUGAUUUGUUUAUUAUCAUGGGCGUCAAUUGAAUUCUUCAGAUUUUGGAUUAGGUGGCUGAACCCGAUUGGAAUUGUCGUUGAUAUCUUUAAAAUUUCCUUAUAAAUUUCAAGAUUUUAGUUAUGCCCAAGUUUAUUGGGUUUAGAUAAUCUUUGUGCUUUCGUUUCAUAUUAAGUUUUCAUGGUUUAUUUCUGUCCUGGUAAUUUUGUCUUCAGAAUGUUAUAUACAUUAGGGUUGAUUCUCAGAGUUUAAUCGUGUUAAUAGCUGUGAUGAAAUCUGAGAGCUUGUGUGUGUCUUUUGAACCAUUUGGAUUUCUCGAAUGUUUAUAUGAUUUUUCAACUUUAAUCAGUCUUUUAAAAUUAUUUUGUGCGGUGCUCUGUGAUUGUGAGUCAGGUUUUGAGGCAAAAGACAACUGGGCUGCUGAUUGUUUUCGCUUAUUUCGUAAAAUGGAGAAUCUCAUUGAUUUUUUGUAUUGUCUUGAUCCCGAUACGUCAAUCAAGAUUCUCAUGUGUUUGGAUGAUCUAUCUGAUCUUGUUCGUGUUAGCUGUGUCUCGCGUACUUGGCGACAUCACGUGAUUGCAAAUGGUCUCUGUAAACGGUUGUGCUUGAGAAUGUUUCCACAGUUAUCUAAAGUUGAUCAUGUAGUUGAACCAAACUCAAGUUUAAAAGAGGCUGCUGAAGGUGCAUCCGAAAACUUUGCAGACGUGCAGACUUUGGAAAGUGAGCAUAGGAUUUAUACCUUUUUAGGUCGAGCUGGUACAUCAUUUCGUAUCAGGGGUUUGAUUCUUGAGCCAAUCUAUGCUUCUAGCACUGAUAAUUACCCAAGGGAAAGACUUCAUAAUACUCUGGAACCUAGAGAUAGUUCAUACUGGUCAAGUGAAGGACAUAGCAAUCCUGCUGUGCCUGAGACACUGAUUUAUAAGUUGGCUGGUGAUCUGUGUGUUAUUUCUGAAAUCAACAUACAACCUUUUGAAGCUUAUUUUCAGCCGGGUCUACCCAUAUAUUCAGCCACAGCUGUGAGAUUCCAAAUGGGACAUGCCAAGUCUCCAAUAGAUGAUCCAAUGGGUGAGUCGUGUAAUGAUUCUGUUGAUGAUAAAUUUGUAUGGACUUACACUUCACAAGAGUUCCCAAUGGCUCAGGAGAAUCGUUUGCAGAAUUUCAUGCUUCCUGAACCUGUUAUGUGCAUUGGUGGGAUUUUGAAGAUUGAGCUUCUGGGUAGGGUUCAGAGACAAGAAACGGAUGGCUUAUACUAUAUUUGUGUGUCUCAUGUUCAGAUUAUGGGACGAUUGCUGUCACCUGCCUUUGGGGUUGAUAUUCUUGAGCCCUCUGGAAAAUUUGUGUUAAAGGUUAAUGGUUAUACCCAACCCAGCAUGCCUCAGGAUUCAAGUGACGACUCUAGUGUAGAAUUGCAGAGGGGCGUAAGUGGAAACGUAUCUGAGGCCACAGAGUAUGAAUUGGUUGAGGAGGAUGAUUCAGAUGAUGAGUUUGUUCUGUAAUGGCUGUUAGAUAUAAAUUAAUAAUAUGUGUCGUUUUGGGUCCCAACUUGGGGACUAAAUACUAUUUCAGCUGGAUUCAGAAGAGGUAUUUAUCAAGCUUAAUUAACUUACCAAGUAAUUGGUACGAGGAACAUUUUCAGAGUUGAUGUGUUAGUUAACUUGAAAUUAAUGGGCAUCCGCAUCAAUUUUGGUUGAUA